AUGUCCAAGAUGAUUACCAGGAAUGGCGGGGUCCGCAACACUGAUGGGUCUGUUGGUGUUACCCUGGACAAGCCAAAGGAGACGACGGUGCUUACUGACGCUUCAGCAUCGACGGCUGUUAAGCGCACUAUUAACCUGUUCACAGAGGCGGACAAUGAUGCUCUUCAGCCAGUUGUGACAUCACAUGGUGUGAAGGAAGCGAUUCGAGACUUAGUUGCUGCCGGUGCCGGAGACAAAUCGCAGCAGUCGAAAGGCGCUGACAAGGUCACUACAACCAGUGGAGUGACAAGCGAGACUCUGCAGAAGGAGAAAGAUGAUACGGUUAAGAAGUCUUCUAAGCAUGACGACGAAGAGGAAAAUGACGGUUACCUCAGUGACGACCCUGAGGAGCGGUAUGAUGCGCAGGCGAAAAGUGAGGCUGCGCAGAGGAUUCGUUUCGCCAUCGUCCUGCUGAUCCUGAUCGCCUUCAAGUCGGAAGCGACGCGCGUGCAUGCGACGCUGGGCGCGCGGUUCAACAUAUGGAGGAAGGACCUGAACAUGGAGAUUCAGGCGACAACGAAAUUUCAGGAGCUGACGGCGUCGUUUCUGAACAAGAAGCAGUACUGCAGGCUGCAGGUCACAUUUGAGCGGGCUAGUGACACCAACUUCAUGUGGAAACACGGGAUCGUGCAUACCUGCAUCGACGGGAAGCGUAUUAACUUGGACUGGCAGCACCCGGUGGAUCCAGCUUACGUGAAGGCGCGUGCUGCGGAACCGCUGCUGGUCGAAGUUCUGUUUAAGGACCAUAAGUUCGAGGUCUGGAUGAAGCUUGUAUGGAGAGGCCAGAAGGAGACUAGUCCGGGGAUAUGGAGGUUCCCGGCGAGGCUGGCUAAGCGACGACCAGGGGUGGCGUCGGCAAUUGCAGAGGUGGUGCAACGCCACGAAGAUGGUGGGAGCGGCAACUUUGACAGGCUGUCAAGGAAUCUGGCAACUCGCCUGCGGAAAUUUGACAAGGAGGAGAACUAUACGGACGCGAGGGCUAUCAUGGAGACGACAACACGAUACUUCAAGGAGGCCUUCGAUGAGACCCCUGGGUCGGCGGAUGCAGAGGCCAAGUUGCAGUGGAUGCCCAGGGCGGUUCUGGAAGAGGCGUCUGCAGAAGUUUUAGCAAAAGACUUGAAGGAGGAAGAGGUUAAAAAGGCGAUCAGAGAGUUGGCGAACGAUAAAUCUCCGGGGAGGGCCGAAGGAGUUGUUUCGCAGCCAUUGGGAGGUGUUGAGGGGAUGAGGAUGGUGAGAGAGUUUGUGGCUACUGACAAGUUGCCGGAUGUCACCGUGCUAAUGUACAAUAAGGGAGCGAAGACUGACGUCAAGAACUACAGGCCUAUCACGUUGCUGACAAGCAUCUACAAGAUAUUAACAAAAGUGGUGGCGACAAGAAUGAAAGCGAUUCUGCACCAGGUUAUCUCAGGAGAGCAAUACGGAUUCUUAACUGGGAGGCGACUCACGGAUGCGGUGCCAAUGAUGGCGAGCCUGAUCGAUACAGCAAAACAUAAGCACAAGGACUGGUAUCUUAUGAUGGUCGAUUUCAAGAAGGCGUACGACUCUGUACGCGGGGUGCAUGAUGAAGACGAUAACAUGUAUGGGCUUCCCACCGCGUUUCGUAUGCUGGAUCGAGGCCCUCCACAGAUGGUAGAAGAGCGGAAGCUGGGCAUCGGGGAAAAAGGAUGUGAGAGGGUGACAUACGUGGGGUAUGUGGACGAUACCACCUUGUUGCUGAACGGGGAGCAACAAUUAAAGGAGGCACAUAAAAUGUUGCGGGAGUAUGCAGUGAUGUCGGGGCUGAAAGUCAACGUCGCAAAGUCCGCGAUCCUGCCACUGGGGAAGAACAUCAACAAGCCGGCACUGGCGGGGCUAGAGUACAAGUGGGUCGGCAAAGACGGGCAGAAAGGUUGCUUGGAGGCGGUGGGCGUGUUGAGCAGGUGGCAAUCAAAGUAUCUCACGACAGAGGUGAGGGUGACCAUCAUCAAUAGUUACGUGCUGCCAGUGUUCCUCUUCCAGGCGCAGAUGUAUCCGCCUGAUGACCUGCUGUGGAAGAAGGUGGAGACUCUACUGGAAAAUUUCAUAUCAGCUAAUCAUGCGAACACGGAGAAGCAUUUCCGGCUCUGGAGUGGAGGCUUGAUGUACGCACCGGGAGAGCAAGGAGGCUUGGGUGUGAUAGAUCCGAGAGGAAGGAUCGACAGCAUUGCGUUGAGAUGCGUGGGGCUUGCACUGAUUCAGGGGUGCCCGCUCAGGCGCAGGGUGACUGAAAGCGCGCCAGGUUUGGCGUUAUGGUGGGCAACGCUGUACACGCACAAGGCAGUGCUCAAAGGGGGGAUGAUUUAG